AUGGCGCAUGUCGGGGGCAUCAUCGCCUCGGCCAUCCUGGGUGUCGUGAGCAAACAGAUCAUGUCCGCCAUCAAAGGGCAGAUCAAGCUGCAGUGGAACUUCGUGAGCGACCUACAGAAGAUGAGAUCCUCGCUGCAGACGGUGGAGGCCCUGCUCGAAGACGCUGAGAGGCGGUCCAUCACGGAUCUGGCGGUGCGUCUGUGGCUGGGGCGGCUCAAGAACGCUAUGUAUGAGAUCUCUGACAUGAUCGAUGAUUUCGAAGACAAUACCGGACCUGCUGCACAAAAGUGUUGCCCUCAAAUCAGUGUUUCUAGGUUGAAAAUGGCCAAUAAGUUGAAGAAUAUGAGAAGGCAGUUGAAGGGGAUCACGGAAGACCGCAUUCCUUUCACUUUCAUGCAAGAAAAUGUCCCAAGUGUGCAGGAAGUCCGUUACAACCGGGAAACAACAGCGGCUGUGACGGAAGCACAAGUCGUAGGGAGGGAUAAGGAAAAACUGGAAAUCAUGAAUCGUUUAUCUGGGAGCAUGACAAAAGAGAUCACCAUUCUUCCGAUCUAUGGUAUUGGAGGCAUUGGGAAGACAACCAUGGCACAACUGGUUUUUAAUGAUUCCAAGUUCAAAAAGUACUCUCAGGUGUGGGUUUAUGUGUCCGAGACAUUUGACUUGAAGAAAAUUGGGAAUUCUAUAAUAUCACAACUAUCCGAGAGGAAUAGUCAGCAUACUGACCUUCAGGUGAUAGAAAAUAACCUUCAGACACUCCUUGCUGGUAAAGAGGCACUAAUCAUCUUAGAUGACCUGUGGGAGAGGGAACCACGUGAGUUGGAAAAGUUGAAGAAUAUGGUAAAGCCGGGUAAAGGGAGCAAAGUGGUGGCAGUGGUAACCACACGAGAAGAAUAUAUUGCACAGAAAAUUCAGACAGUGAAGCCUUACAAGCUAGCUCCCUUGGUAGAUGCCAUUUGUUGGACUAUCAUAAAAGAUAGAACUUCCUUUGAAGCUAGAACUGACAGAGCGCAGUUAAAGCGGGUCGGGAUGGACAUUGCAAAGAAGUGUGGAGGCUUGGCUUUAGCAGCCCAAUCUAUUGGGUAUAUGUUGGACUCCAUGAAAGUUGGUGAAUGGGUGUCGGUGAACAACAGUGAGUUAUGGGACGUGCUUGCCUCGGAAGAAUCUUCACCUCAUCAUGUGCAUGCAUCCUUGCCAUUAAGCUAUCGCAGUAUGGAUUCAUAUUUGAAGCUAUGCUUUGCUUAUUGUGCAAUCUUUCCAAAAGGUCAAGAGAUAGCUAAAACGGAUCUUAUUCACCAAUGGAUUGCUCUUGGACUUGUUGAGCCAUCAACAACAUUCUCUAAUAUGCAGCGUUGUGGUAAAUACAUUAGACACCUUUUGGGCAUGUCCUUUUUUGAACAUUCAAAAUCGCAAUGGCCACGGGUGAGUUACUGCAUGCCUAAAUCUUUCAUCAUGCAUGACCUGGUGCAUGAUCUCGCAACAUCGGUCCUAGCUGAUGAAAUUAGCAUAGACGGUCCAACCUGCCGCUAUGCACGGGUGACAGAUCACAGAAAGCUUUUUGAGUCAUCAGUUUCUUCACUCGCCAAGAUAAGGGCACUGCAUUUGCAUGGCCCUGGCAACUUUCAGUUUCAGCUUCAUGAUGAUGCAUUUUCGCCAGCUAAAUGCCUCCGCGUCUUAGAUUUAAGCAGAUGUUGUACAGAAGAGUUGCCUGAUUCUAUUGGUCAACUGAAACAGUUGAGGUAUCUCAAUGCUUCAUGGAACCAAAGCUUGUGGGAGCCUAUAACUAUUAGGGUACCGAAAGGUCUGGGUGCCCUUACCAAACUCCAAUAUUUGAAUCUAUCAGGUCAAGGGAGAGUCAUAGGACUGCCAGAGGUCAUCAUCAAACUCACGGAACUCCGUUAUUUAAAUCUAUCCUUCUGUAAGGGAUACUUCAGCAGGGGUUCUUAUUCGUUGGACAACCCAUCAGUAAACCAAAGUUUCAUUGACCGUCUCGGUACCCUACCCCAUCUUGAGGAGCUGGACUUGUCUAUGAAUGACUAUGGUUUUUAUGUACCUGAAAGUUUUAGCAGACUGAAGAAACUGAACCUUUACGGCUGCAGGCGCAUUUCUUUCCUUCCAGAAGAUGUGGCGAAAGUGGAUAGCACAUCGUCCACCUCAUGGUCCAACUAG